AUGACGAAACCAAACAUUGGCGGCGGACAAGAUACGACGGGGAGCCGUACGACGUGGUCCGCGCGACACCAAUGCCUCAUAAUCACUCCGGCCAGCCGCGACGAAUUCCAUCGAAUACUGUUUAAGGGCAAACGCUUACCUGUACAUGUCAAGUGGCUGGGUCGUACAACGAGAAGAAGAGAGAGGAAGAGCAGCUUCACUAGAACGGAAACCUCGGGCGAAGACACCUUGGGCCAAGGAAAACGCGGACGGACGCGGUCGAAGAGCACUCCGGAAAUAUGGGAACGGAUAAACGACAAAGAGAGAUAG